AAAAAUAAUUUAAGAAAGAUUGUAUAAAUUGUUAAAGGAAAAAUUAAUGAAUUCAAUUUACCUGCAUGAAGAAUGAGGAAAAUGAGAGGAUUGAUCUUGCAUACAAUGUGGAGAAGAGCGCUGCAUCAAAAUGUUUUACAAAAAAAAAUAAAGAAUUUCCUGUCACCAGCCCUCCGAUACAGAAUGGCUAGUAACUCCACAUUAACUUAUCAGGAUGUUCUACAUUUUUGGUUUGAAGAACCUAAGAACAAUCAAGAGAGAAUGAAGUUAUGGUUCGGUGGUGGGCCUGAACAGGAUUCUUUAAUCAAAGAUAAAUUCGGAGACUUAGUAAAGCAAGCACGUAAUGGUGAAUUAUCGCAUUGGGAGGAUUUAAGUUGUGGAGGUCCCAAGUCUGGUUUAGCGUUUGUCCUAUUAAUCGAUCAGUUCUGCAGAAACAUUUAUAGGGGGACAGGAGAUAUGUUCAGCCAUGAUCACAAAGCUUUAGCAGUUGCUUUAAAGAUUAUAAAUGAAGGUUCAUACAAACAGUUCACUCCGGCUGAAAGAUUCUGUUUAUAUUUACCACUUGAACAUCAUGAAGAUAAAGAAACACAGGUGCGAUGUUUAGAACUUUAUACUGAGUUGGCGGAGGAAACUAAAGGAACUGAAGAUGCAAUGUUUGGUGAAUCAGGAGUAAAAUAUAGUUUACAACACAAAGGAUUGAUCGAUCGGUUUGGGAGAUAUCCAAAACGAAAUGCGCCAUUAGGUCGUAACAAUACUCCCGAAGAAGAAAAGUUUUUGAAGGAGGAAAAGUUCGAUUUCUAGUCCUUAUCCAACUUCAACAAGAUUUUUUAAAGAAGUUGCGAUUUACGUAUUUUAACAUAUGCAUCCAUCUCCACACUUGUGGGUUAUAUAUUUCAUUCCAUACCAUAUAUUCGAUUUUUUUUUUCUUUUUUGUUCAUUAUUUACACUAUUUUAUUACAAAUUAUUUAUUAUUAAUAUAAUAUAGCACCAUAAA